UUAUUUGCAAUUCUUGAAAAGAAAUUCUGUGUUGCGAAAAGUUUUUACUUCUGGAUCUUCCAGAUUUUCAGUAGAUACAGUUUGGGUACUUAACUGGCUUAAUUCUGCUGUCUCUGUGUUUAGUUUCUAGAUCACGUAGAAAAUUUUACAAAAAAAUGGGAUCGGUAUCAUUGCCACCAGGGUUCCGCUUCCACCCCACAGAUGAAGAAUUGAUUGGGUAUUACCUGAAAAGAAAGAUUGAAGGGCUUGAAAUAGAACUUGAAGUUAUUCCAGUUGUCAAAUUGUACAAGUUUGAUCCAUGGGAAUUGCCCGAGAAGUCAUUCCUUCCGAAGCAAGAUAUGGAGUGGUUCUUCUUUUGUCCGCGUGAUCGCAAAUAUCCAAAUGGAUCGCGCACAAAUAGAGCUACAAAUGCUGGUUAUUGGAAAGCCACAGGAAAUGACCGAAAAGUGGUUAGCAAGUCGUCUGUUUUAGGGUAUCGCAAGACCCUAGUCUUCUACCGUGGACGAGCCCCAUUUGGUGAUCGCACAGCUUGGCUCAUGCAUGAGUACCGCUUAUGUGAUGAUGUUUCUCAUGGGACACCAAGUUUUCAAGGAUCGUUUACCUUGUGUCGUGUGAUGAAAAAGAACGAGCAAAAAACAAGUUAUGUUAAUAGUGAACCAAAAACUAAGGGCAUUGGAAGCGGUUCAAGCAAUAGAUACUCAAAUUCUAUCCAAGUUACAAAUGAGCCGAUUGGAAAUGAGAGCAGUUUUUCGAGCCCUCUUACUUCUUAUCAGAAAACGCCUAUUUCAAAUGAACCAGCUACAUCGACAGGUCCAAGUGAUCCUCCUAGCUUUUGGGUCUCACCUGCUUUAAUUCUUGAUUCUUCAAAGGAACAAACAGGAGGACAAGAAGGGCGAUCUGGGUGUGUCAAGCAGAAUAAGUUUCCGAAGCCAACAAUUCCACGGCAACCACACGACCAGUUUGGGAUCUCUCCAAGUUCGUCAUACUCGAAUUUUACCGAGGAAGAUGAUCUCAUUCGAUUUGGCUGCAUGUCACCAUAUUCAGGAGAUGAAAGCUUGAUGGGAUUCUUCGGCAUCGAAGAUCCUACAUCAUAUGAACCUUGUGAUUGGACUAAUUCACUUGAAAUCUGAAACCCUUGUGAAAAAAACACCGUAAGAACAAAAUCAGACGAAGGUCUUUAGCUAAAUCUCGAAUGCAGUGUUUGAGAAGAGCAUAUGCGUUCUGGUCUUUUUAAGGCUCAUGUUGGUUGGUCCUUUAGUAUCUGUUUUAUGUCGUUUUUAGUAUACAAAAAACCAACACCCUACUUGUUUAUCGAUUUCCUCUACGAGUUGAUAUGAUUACGGCUUGUACCAUCUACAUCUAUCUUUGUAUGUACGAAUAAUCGGUUUUUA